UUGCGCCGAUGUGGUAACGCCUGUGGUCUGCCUUGCAGGGAUGGAGCCGGACUGCGGCGCCCCGCAGCCGGACGAGCGCGGGGGGUCCGGAAUGCCGGCGGAGUCCCGGGAGCGCCCGCCCGCCGGGGAGGACAGCUACAUCUGCUCCCUGUGCGGCAAGAGCUUCGACCAGUACGGCCAGCUGGAGCUGCACCUCACCGCCCACCGCCAGGACCCCGGCGCCCCCUCCACUGGACGCCCCCACCAGUGCCCCUCCUGCCCCAAGUGUUUCAGCUGCCCCUCCCACCUGCGGCAGCACCGGCGCACCCACACCGGCGAGCGGCCCCACCGCUGCGCAGCCUGUGGCCGUGGCUUCGGCCGUCCGGGGACCCUGCGCCGGCACCAGGCCACGCACGCCGGUGCCAAGCCCCACCGCUGCCCCGAGUGCGGGAAGGAGCUGGGCCACGCCUCCUCGCUGGCCAAGCACCGGCGGAGGCACGCUGAGGAGCGGCCCCUGCGUUGCGGGGUGUGCGGCCGGCGGUUCAUGCAGCGGUCCGCGCUUGGCAUCCACACGCUCUUCCACAUGGCUGAGAGGAAGCGGCAGGAGAACCAGGAGCGCGGGACGGAGGACACCCGGGAGCCGGACCCCGCCCGGGGGCCCUCCAACGGAGCGGGAAGGCAGCGUCCCCGCUGGCUGGAGUACCUGGAGGGCCCCAAGCGUUUCAGCUGCCCCGAGUGCGGCAAGGGCUUCGACCAGAACUCGAGGCUGAAGCUCCACCUGCGGGUGCACACGGGCGAGCGCCCCCUGACCUGCGCCGACUGCGGCAAGGGCUUCAGCAACUCCUCCAACCUGCGCAAGCACGAGCGGACCCACACUGGCGAGAAGCCCUUCAAGUGCCCCGCCUGUGGCAAGGAGUUCAGCCAGUCCUCCACCCUGGUGGCCCACGAGCGGACCCACACCGGCGAGAAGCCCUUCAAGUGCUCCGUGUGUGGGGCAGACUUCAACAAGCAGUGCAACCUGCGCAAGCACGAGCGGACCCACACCGGCGAGAAGCCCUUUGAGUGCCCUGUGUGCGGCAAGGGCUUCAUUGACCCCUCCAGCCUCCGCAACCACAAGGGCACCCACAUGGGCGAGAAGCCCUUCCAGUGCCCCGCGUGCACCAAGGGCUUCAGCAACCCCUCCAGCCUCCGCAAGCACAGGCGGGUUCACGGGGCGGACGCGGCGGGGGCUCUGGCCAUGAUCUGAUGCCCGCGUUUCUGGGACUAGGAUGGGUGGGGGGGGGGGAAUGCUGGCACUGGGCAGGCCGGAAGACCUCAGAGACCCCACGCUCCCUCCCAAAUCGGUCCUCACGGUCGUGGAUCGAGGGCAUGGUUCCGUCGCAGUGCUCCGUGAGGAUUCCGCCGGCUACGGAGAAGAGAGCCUGCGCGACCGGACUGCUAUCCCUGCCCGUUCUGGUGGGGGGGGAUCCCCCGUUCCCGCGAGAUCCAUGCAGGCGAACAUUUGCUGGGGGGGAGGGGAGGAGGAGGAGGGUUUAGGACAUUGAGCUGGCUUGACCAGGAGCAUAAGAAAACAUUUGAGACUUCCACAAGGGGACAGAGACACGGUACCGAGAUGGACCCUUCAGCCCACCUUGUCCGUGCCGACCCACUCGCCUACGUUAGGAUCGUGUCCUUCUCUGACCUUGUCCGUCUAAAUGCCUCUGAAAUGCAGCGACUGUACCGGAUCCCACCGCCACCUCUGGCAGUGCAUUCCAGAUACCGCCCCCACCUCCCUGUGUAAAGAGAAAGGUCCUGAGGCAGGGUCCCGACCCGAGACAUUGACGGUUCCUUCCCCACCGAUGCUGCUCGACCCGCCGAGUUCCUCCAGUAGAUUGUGUGUUGUUCCAGAUUCCAGCGUGCACAGUCCCGUGUCUCCAAAGGGGAAAAAGACCCCUCGGGUCCCAUUUAAACCUACACCCUCUUUUUUUCUCCAUACAUGAUACUAUCUACCCGGUCUAUACCGUACACGCAGGUUCCCCACCCUCCUCCCCCGCGCCCCCCAACCGUCUCCACUGCAGGGAAAACAGUCUCAGCCUGUCUGAUCUCUCCCCAUAACUAAACCCUUCCAAUCCACGUGACGUCCCGGUGAAUCUCCCCUGCCCCGGCCUCCAGGGACAGACCUCGCCUCCCUUCCCCCUACCCCUGAAGCCCGAGGGGCAGGGUAAUUUGGUUGGAGAAGUCACAGAUUACGGUGUCCCACCAGGACCCCGGAGCUAGAGAAAGAAGAACUCAGCGGGUUGGGCAGCAUCUGUGGAGGGAGAUGAACAGCCGAGGUUGCGUGUCGGGACCCUUCAUCUAGCCUGGUUUAAGGGCCAAGCACACCGCGGGCUUGGCUUGGCUCUGACUUCAUGUGCCUGGGACAUUACCUAUUACAAAGGCCCUGUUUAUCCAAGUCUUCCGACAAUUGACGGACCCUUAAGUAGACUCCUGAGUGCCCAGGUCAACGAUGUACCCCACAAUAAAAAACGUUUCAGAGGUGGAA